CUGCCACCCUCACCACCUCUUCUCGUCCCCACCAGGCUUUCACGGUCUUGGCCAUCUGGAACACCAUGCGGCUGUCGGUGUUCAUCGUGCCCUUCUCGGUCAAAGGCCUCACGGAGUCCAAGUCUGCGGCAGAGAGGUUCAAGAGGUUCUUCCUGCAGGAGAGCCCCGUGCUGUACGUCCAGCCGGCGAAGGACCCCAGCCGAGCGCUGGUGUUGGAGAAGGCCACCUUGUCCUGGUACAGGCCCUGCCCCGGGGUGGUCAACGGGGCCUUGGAGCUGGAGAGGAACGGAUACGCUCCCGAGGGGACGCCCGGGGCUCAGCCCCCGCCAGAUGCCCUCGGGCCCAAGGACACGGGGGACGGCCUGGCCCCGGCGUUGCACAGGAUCAACCUGGCGGUGUCCAAGGGGACCCUGCUGGGGGUCUGCGGCAGCACCGGGAGUGGCAAGAGCAGCCUGCUGUCAGCCGUCCUGGGGGAGAUGCACCUGCUGGAGGGCUCGGUGGGCGUGCACGGGAGCCUGGCCUACGUGCCCCAGCAGGCCUGGCUCCUCACGGGCAGCGUCAGGGACAACAUCCUCAUGGGAAGCCAGUGCGACCAGGCCCGGUACCUCGAGGUGCUCCACUGCUGCUCCCUGAACCGCGACCUGGAGAUCCUGCCCUUCGGAGACAUGACGGAGAUCGGGGAGCGGGGCCUCAACCUCUCGGGGGGGCAGAAGCAGAGGAUCAGCCUGGCCCGCGCCAUCUACUCGGACCGCGAGGUCUACCUGCUGGACGACCCGCUGUCGGCCGUGGACACCCGCGUGGGGAAGCACAUCUUCGAGGAGUGCAUCCGGAAGGCGCUCCGCGGCAAGACGGUCGUCCUGGUGACGCACCAGCUGCAGUAUCUGCAGUUUUGCGACCAGGUCCUUUUGCUGGAAGACGGGAAAAUCUGUGAGCAGGGGGUUCACAGCGAGCUGAUGCAGAAGAAGGGGCGAUACGCCCACCUCAUCCAGACGAUGCACGGGGAGGCCACACAGAACACACUCCAGGCAGCCAGAGAGCCUCAGGUGGGCGGCCCGGCCCAGCACCCCCUCCAGGAGGAGCCUCUGGGGGACAGUGCAGGGCUGCAGAACCAGCUCACACAGAAGGAGAAGAUGGAAGAAGGGUCCCUGACGUGGCGUGUCUACCACCAGUACAUCCGGGCAGCCGGAGGGUACACGGUCGCCAUCGCGGUUUUCCUGAUCAUGCUGCUGUUCAACGCCCUCUCCGCCUUCAACUUCUGGUGGCUGAGCUACUGGCUGGGGCAAGGCUCAGGGGUGAGUGCCCUGGGCGUGGGGGGCGCGCCUGUGGCCCCUGCAGAGGGAGUGGCUUCUCUGGGGGCUGAGCCCAGGCUGGGGACCCCGGGACCAGCCCAGCGCCUGCCACUGCCCAGGUGACAGACGGAGCCCAGGGAGGCCCUCUGGGAGCCAGACUUUGGGCGCCUCCGCCCGGGGCGACCUGGUGCUCACAGACGGAACCGUCACCCUGUGGUCUUUUGGGGACAGAACCAAGA